CCCCGGUUCACAACUCUGAAACAACAACAAAGUACAAAUCAACAAUGGUAGCUCUUCAGAUCUCCCAUUGCAGACCCAAUCAAAGCCAUCCAGAACACCACAAACUCCAGCACUACCACCCACCAAUAGCCUUUACACCAAAUGGGUCCAAUGGGGGGGUUUUCUGUAUAUUCACCAUCUCACUCCGCUCUCCUCUGUUUUUCUCUGCAUACCCAGAAUCCCAAAACCCCAAUAUUCUCUUCCAGUUUCAAGAAUUCCACCACCAUCACCGCCUCCUGUGUGCCGUCGGCGAUGACUGAGGCGACAUACACUAGCUUUGGGUUCCAGAAUUUGAAGGAAACAUUCACAGUUGAUGUGCAGAGAGCAGAAGGUAGGCCUCUGAAUGUGCCUUUGAUUGCCCCUUUUACUAUAGCGAGUUCUAGACUGGAAAAGGUGGAGAAUGUGGCUAUUAGGGUUGAAUUGAGUAAUGGGUGUGUGGGGUGGGGUGAGGCUCCAGUUCUUCCAUUUGUCACCGCAGAGGAUCAGCCCACUGCGUUGGCCAAGGCGGCCGAGGCUUGUGAGUUUUUGAGGCGGAGUCCUGGGAUGACUUUGGGUUCGGUGUUGAAUGAGAUUGGAGCAGUCCUGCCAGGACAUGAAUCUGCAUCAGUUAGAGCUGGAGUCGAGAUGGCAUUAAUUGAUGCAGUUGCUAACAGCAUUGGCAUACCUUUGUGGAGACUAUUUGGUGGAGUUUUAAAUACAAUAACCACUGAUAUAACAAUUCCAAUUGUUUCCUCUGCUAUAGCUGCUGAGCUUGCUUCAAAGUAUCGUAAACAAGGAUUCAAGACAUUGAAGCUUAAGGUAGGCAAGAAUCUAAAUGCAGACAUAGAAGUGCUUCAAGCCAUACGCGCGGCCCACCCUGAUUGCUCAUUUAUUUUAGAUGCUAAUGAAGGGUACACAUCCAAGGAAGCUAUUCAAGUUCUCGAAAAACUAAAUGAAAUGAAGGUGACUCCAGUCCUUUUUGAACAGCCGGUGCAUAGAGAUGACUGGGAAGGUCUUGGUCAUGUCACUCAUAUUGCGAAAGACAAGUAUGGGGUAUCCGUUGCUGCUGAUGAAAGCUGUCGGAGUCUUGCUGAUGUUAAGAAAAUAGUGAAAGGAAAUCUUGCGGAUGUCAUAAACAUUAAGCUUGCCAAAGUAGGGGUCCUUGGGGCCCUUGAAAUAAUUGAAGUGGCAAGGGCUUCAGGAUUGGGUUUGAUGAUUGGUGGUAUGGUUGAGACUAGACUGGCCAUGGGCUUUGCUGGUAAUCUUGCAGCUGGGCUUGGGUGUUUUAAAUUCAUUGACCUAGAUACACCCCUUCUGCUCUCAGAAGAUCCAGUUCUUGAGGGUUAUGAAGUUUCGGGUCCCGUUUACAAGUUCACAAAUGCUAGAGGACAUGGCGGUUUCCUUCACUGGGGCAAUAUUGCAUGAUGCAUUGCAUAUGUGAGGUGGGCUUUGGCACAACG